AUGUCCUCCGUCAGGUGUGUCAGCGCCUCUGGCAGCAGCGUGGGACUACAAUUUCCACAUUUCUCACACAGGAUGUUUAUGUGGGUAGGAAGUAAAGCAGCCGAUGGGAAAAAUAACCGCAGAUUCAUUUACAACACAAUUCAUGAGCAUGAUAUCCUGGACCAGAGGAAGACAGUGACAGCUCUGAAGGCAGGAGAGGACAGAGCCAUUGUUCUUGGCCUCAGCAUGGUCUUGUUUUCUAUCAUGAUGUACUUUGUCCUGGGAAUUACGGUUUUGCGCUCCUAUGCUGAGAGUGUGUGGACAGAUGAAGUUAGCUGCACUAUUGUGAAUGCCACAGUCAUGUGGGAUGUAAACUGUUUGUACACCUGUGGAGCAGAGUGCCAGAGGAGUUCUCGUUACCCCUGCCUUCAAGUCUAUGUCAGCCUCAACUCCUCAGGGAAGGUGGUGCGGCUGCUGCACAACGAGGCCCAGGACAAUAACCCUGAGUGCUUCUACAUCCCAAAGUGUCGUAAGGACUAUGUAGCCACACAAACCAUAAUUCAGAACAUUUCAGAACAUCUCAAAUCUCAGCACACACUUCAGUGCUUUCUGGACCCUACAGAAAAAGUGGACUAUGUAAUUCUGACCCAGAUCUAUGGUCGGGCUGUGGUGUUUAAUUCCUUGUUCUGGCCCACCUUUACCUUCAUGGGAGGAAUCAUCCUCAUCGCCAUGGUGAAGUUAACUCAGUACCUGUCCUUCAUGUAUGAGCGAAUAAGCCACAUCAAGCGGUGAAUAAUAGACAAGAGAAAUUUUAUGGGGACAAACAAGGCAGGAACCAAGAAUGCACUGUGCUGUAGUGUUCAUUUAUUUAUGCAUCUAUACUUGAUAACGCUUCACUCACUGUACUCGUGUAUUAACAGUAUGUCUCGAACAUACUGUAAUGACAAUGUAGCAAUCCACGUCUGGUCUGAGGUAACCUGACCUACAUGUGAACUUAACUCCGUCCUUUGAAGAGCCCCUACGUCCCUUUCAGUCCGCAGAGAUAAGGGACCCUGAACUGGGAUAAGGGACUGGCUUCUAUCACCACAGGCACCAAUUGACGCCAACAUCUCAAAGGUCCAUAUCAAAGAACCAUGAGUCCACUUUGUUGAUCUACCUGUAAAUCCCUCAGGAUUUCACCUCUGCUUAUCAUGCCAAAAGGACAGGCUGUCACAUUUAUCACCAAGAAGCUGUCUCUCCCAGAACAGGGACCACCAGCCAUAAAAUGUGGAAUGUGCUCAUCAAAGAGAACGAGAGACUCCAUUUGGACACAGGUUCUGGUUCAGAUGCACCAGAACAUUCAACUUCCAUAAAAUGGAUGCCAUUGUAUUCUGUGAACAAAAUGUUUUCACUUGGUAUUAGAUUGGUUUCUGUGUGAUGUUCAAUGCCUGAUCUACAGAUUUGCCAGGAAAUUCCUAAAGUUACAAAGGGACUUCAACUCAUCACCAUGCUCUCCUUUGUGUGUAGGCACAAAGUUGAAAUAGAGAGACUCACCUUCUUUACUUCUUUUAAUCUGUGCAACAUACACAUGGAUUAUUUCCACCAGCUACAGUUCGGUAUCCUCAUUAUUGUAUUACAUGUUUAAGUGUUACAAUUGUUUAAUUAGUAAUGUCCAGAUUAAGUCAUUUAUAAUUUGAUUUCACUUGCAUUUAUUAUUCGUGUAUGUUUUAGUGUUUACUGGCUGUUACAGAAGACAAGACCAGUCAUCAUGAAUAACAUUUCAUUUGUUACAGCGUUUUUAGGGACCACAUAUAAGACCUUAAUAUUCUAUGCAUUUAAUAUUGAUGUUUAACCAUUCUGACCUUUCUGCUUAUUUGAGUGUCAAAGUGAUCAUUACAUGUUUAUUGUGUUAUGGUGUGAUGGAACUUUGAGCUUGAUGAAAAGAGAAGAGCUUAGUUAUCCCAGAUUUAGGAGCAAUCCAAAUCAAAUAGUUUGAUUCCUGAUCUGAAGAGGCGGAACUCUUCACCACUGGUUGAACUAAAUUAUCCGCCCUGCAGUGACCACUGCCCCAGGGGUAUUUAAACCAGUGACGCCCUAGUGGAAUCAGAUUUCCCUCUAUCUUCAAACUUCUUUCACUUUUUCUUUUUGCGUCGCAUUACUUUUCUUUAAUUUUCCUUUGUUCUUAAAUUUUGUAAACCUAAGUUAAACUUAGAAAACACGAACAAACAACGAUUUUUGUAACGUUAGAAAGUCAUCAAGAAACUCCGCGAAACUGAAACUAUCACAACCAGUCCUUAAUUGACUCGCUAUUUUUGAUCGAACUAAUUAAAUUAGAUUCCAGCCCGUUUGCUUUUUGGGCUGGUUUAAGCAGCGCUGACGCUUUAAAACACCUUGGAAAGUCCAGCCUGGCUGACUGUUACUUUGCUGAACUCGAGCCGUCAUCAUCACCGCGGGCGACGAUUCCUGGCCCAGAGGCCGUGGCACCUGGACCAGAGAGGGCACGCCUGCUCAACCAACCGGUAAUGGGAGACGCUGCACAGCGGCUACAGCUCCAAACUAAGGGAAGACGAACAUCUCUAAUCCUCUGAGAAGUCUGGUGUUUCUCAAAGCGCUAAAAUUGAACAUCCCAAAUUCAUGAGUUAUCCUUAGAGUCGAACUAGUUAGAGACAAAUACUUUUUUCUCUUGAUCAAAGCCAUCACACACUCAGUUCUUGACCAUUCUUUGGGUUUUCACUCAUUGAUUCAUUCACUGUUCAUCAUCUCAUUCUGAUCGUUCUCUCAUUUUCUGUUCUGUUUUUUUGAGUAUUUCCAUAUUAUGUUAUUCAUAUAUCCAGUAGUGUUAGAUUAAUAAAACGUUAAAAGGAAUCUGGUUUUGUGUGCAUUGCUCUUCAGAUUUAAGCAGAGGUCACUGAACUGCGACAAGA